AUGGCAAGUGUAGCAACACAUACAAAAGAUCUAAUCAGGGAGCACGACGACUGUCACAAUGGUGAGAUGACGGCGGUGGGAUUACGUAACGGGUCCCAGGGUCUGAUGAGAGACGGGGCGAUGUUAGGUGCGGCCCUGGCAGCGCUCGCGUGCCUCUGCGUGGCGCGCGCCACGCCGGCCGAACCGCACGGAAUGCGAUUGUACGCGCAAAACUCGUACAACUCUAAGGAUUCAAACAGUAUUUUGGCUACAAUAGAGGAGCGUCUCAGACUUCUUGAGACGAUAAGCGCAACGCAAGCAAAGCAGGCACGGCGCCUGGACGUCAUACAAGACAAGUUGGACCGUGUGGAGACGACGCUCUCGCUGAGACUUGAAAGGGCGCAACUUGCGGCGGAGAGGUUAGAGCAUCGCCUGCACAUGCUACAGACGAACGUUCAGGCGUCAAUUAAAGAGAGCAGCGAGAAAAUAGAGCGCAGCCAAAUUAAAAUCGCCGAAAUCGCCCAGAACCUAACAAAUCAUAUUAAUUCCCACACGCAUUUAUUAGAAAAGGUUAGCGGGGCGUACGCGGAGACGUGGCACCGAGGGUUGGUGCUGGAGGCGCUUAUGAGGGACAGCCUCGCGCUGGUGAACGUGACGCGGCGCGAGUUGGCCGACGGGCUGCGCGCCCUCGCGAGGAGGCAGAGGGACGCGCGGCUGACCUCGGCGGAUUUGGAGGCGGCCUUUUCGCGGCGUCUCAACGACAACACGUACAAAAUCGAUUUGAAGAUGCAAGAAGUUUUAGACGCACAAAAGCGGUUUGUGGAUUCUUGUCAGAGAGUACAGCUCGACGACCCGACACACGUAGCCGACGUAUUAGACAGACUUAUUGAUUCCCUCAUAAAUAAAACUGCGGCGACAUUCCACGAGCUACAAAACAUUCAAGUGACCAUGCGAAACCACGACAAUAAGAUCAUGAAACUCCUUGGUGGUGGCCGUUCGACGCAGACGGACGUCAGCUGCCGUCGCCUGGAGGGAUUGUUCCGGAACGCCUCCCACACGGCGGUCAAGGAGAACGAGCUACAGCAGCUCACGGAGAAGUUCGUCGGGCUGACGAAUAGGGCGGACGCGGCGCUGCAAAGGCUGGAAGCGCAGCUGGGCUACGACAGCAACGAACCUACGCCGCCCACGUCCGAAGUCAAGGCAGAAGCGGACCGCUUGUUUCAACACUUGAAAGAGAUCAAAAACGAAGAGGUGUCAGACGAAGAUGACGAAUGGGAGGAGAGUAACCAGGACGGGGAAUUUUUCGACGACGGUGGGGGCGGCGACAUGAUGGACGAAGACAAGAAAAUAUUGAACAGCGUUUUUGAGAAUACCAAGCACACAGAGAGUGCUACAGCCAGACCACCACAUCGGAGGCAUCUACACAAACACCCUUAUGAUCGCGGUCCAAGUUGGAGGAGCACGCCCACAUCC